AGCAAGACAGCAGAUAUAUAGUGCUUUAUAACUGCUCACUCUACACUUUGUGUGUGUGUCUCUCUCUUGCUGGCUUUCUUUACACAGUGGCUGUUGGCUUUACACUAAGAUGUCAGCACCAGCUUCUUGGCAGUAAGCACAUUGAGGUUAUGCUGCCUAUAAACUCCUGCUUGAGUCUCAGUGAGAAAGAGAAAGGCUAAAGCCUGUCCAGAACACAGUGCUGUUCAGCGUCUCCUGUGCUGCCCAAACGCAGUCAACCAUGAGUGACCCCACGACCACAGAUGAACUCACUAAUGCUGUGGCUUCAGUUGUUCACAAUCCCGAGUCAUCCACCUCAUCUGUUCGAGUACCACAUAGGGAGGAAGAGGAGGAAGGUGAUCUGAACAAAGCAUUAGGCGUACAGCGUUUCCAGCAGAUCCUGAGCCCCACUCCCAGAGUUCCUGGCGAGCAGCACCGCACCUACAAUGAAAAAGACUUUGAGUAUCACCGUCACUCCUCCCAUCACAUCCAUCAUCCUCUCUCCAAGCUUCCAGGAGAUGGCCGGAGGAAGAAGAGUGGGAAGAAGAGGAGGAAGAGCAGCAGUAAGGACCACAGAGUGAGUUCCAACCCUAGCGCUGCUCUGCCCAUUGAGGAGGGUGAGGAUGAAGAGGAUGAGGAAGAGGAAGAGGCUACGGAAAGCCAGAGUACUACCCCAGUACCAGCAGCAGACACUGAGCGAAAAGACAAUGUGCAGUUUUUUGUCUCUGAUGACGAUCCCCAUGUGUCCACACCCGAGCAUUCCCAUUCUCAUGCUACUCGAAGUCUCCUGAUCGUCCCCUCCACUGCAGUGUGCUCGGAACCCCAGGACAGCACACCUACCGAAACAUCUGAGCCUGCUGCAGCGACCCCCAGCACAACUGAGCCCAGCUCUCUGCCCCGUGUGUCGAGCCGCAGCUACGACCUUCAGGAGAGGCGUCGCACGGGCAACAUGACCGGUACCGACCAGGCUAAAUACCAGCGGAUCCCCACAGAUGAAUUUGAGGCACGAACUCUGGCCUCAGCUGACCUCGAUGGCAUUAAAAGCCAUCGUUUUGAAGAUGUUCCAGGCGUACGACGACACCUGGUUAGGAAAAGCACCAAGGGUCAAGUGGUACACAUUAGCAAAGAUCACAAAGAACAAAGCACACGCAGCCGUAAACUGGACCGAACACCACAUGAGGUGUUUGUGGAGCUAAAUGAGCUGAUCAUGGAUAAGAACCAGGAGAUGCAGUGGAGAGAGACGGCUCGCUGGAUCAAGUUUGAGGAGGAUGUUGAGGAGGAGACGGACCGAUGGGGUAAACCACACGUUGCCUCACUGUCCUUCCGCAGUCUGCUGGAGCUGAGAAAGACUAUCGCUCAUGGGGCGGUGCUGUUGGACUUGGAUCAGAAGACUCUGCCUGGCAUCUCCCAUCAGGUGGUAGAACAGAUGAUCAUCUCAGAUCAGAUCAAAGCCGAGGACAGAGCCAAUGUCCUCCGCGCUCUCCUGCUCAAACACAGUCACCCGAGCGAUGAGAAAGAGCACAGCUCCUUCCCCAGGAACAUCUCAACAACGAGUCUGGGCUCUCUGAUCCCCCAUCACCAGAACAGCAGUAACCACCUGUCGGUCCCCGAACUCUCCGUCACAGAGCCUCUCAUGGGCUCCUCAAGGGCCAGUCAAGACAGCACACUUCACAUUGACAUAGAGAAGAACGAGAAAGAAUCGGCUCCAACUAUGGGCAUGCACAAAUCCAAAUCCAAGCAUGAACUUAAGCUUCUGGAGAAAAUUCCGGAAAAUGCUGAGGCUACUGUCGUACUUGUUGGCAGCGUUGACUUCCUGGAGCAGCCCACCAUGGCGUUUGUUCGGCUUCUGGAGGCUGUGGAGCUUGACUCAGUGUUGGAGGUCCCAGUUCCUGUGCGGUUUCUCUUUGUGCUGCUCGGACCUCCCAGCACCAAUGUGGACUACCACCAGAUCGGACGCUCCAUUUCUACACUUAUGUCAGACAAGCAAUUUCACGAAGCUGCAUACCUGGCAGAUGACCGGCAGGACCUGCUCAACGCCAUCAACGGCUUCCUGGACUGCAGUAUCGUGCUCCCUCCGUCAGAACUGGGCGGUGAAGACCUCCUGCGCUCCGUUGCUCACUUUCAAAGAGAGAUGCUACGCAAGAGAGAAGAGCAAGAGGUAGUCCAGCUGUCCAAAGAGCCCAAGAGCCUUGAGGAGAAAGAGGCAUUGUUGGCACCAUUUAAACCAGAAGACGACCCCUUACGACGUACAGGUCGUCUGUUUGGUGGAUUAAUCCUUGACGCCCGACGACGCUACCCAAAGUAUAUCAGUGACUUUAAGGAUGCACUGAACGCCCAGUGCAUGGCUGCCGUCAUCUUUAUCUAUUUCGCCGCUCUUUCCCCUGCCAUCACAUUUGGAGGACUUCUGGGGGAGAAGACUGAAGGGCUCAUUGGUGUUUCAGAGCUGAUAGUGGCCACAUGUAUUCAGGGUGUGCUGUUCUGUCUUCUUGGGGCUCAGCCACUUCUGGUUGUGGGCUUCUCUGGACCAAUCCUGGUGUUUGAAGAAGCCUUCUUCUCUUUCUGUAAGAGCAAUAAUAUGGAGUACCUGACAGGUCGGGUGUGGAUUGGAUUUUGGCUCGUCAUCAUCGUGGUGGUGAUGGUGGCUUUUGAGGGCAGCUUCCUAGUCCGGUUUGUCUCCCGUUUCACCCAGGAGAUCUUCUCUUUCCUCAUCUCACUCAUCUUCAUCUACGAGACCUUCUCAAAACUGGUCAAGAUAUUCCAGGAACAUCCUUUGAGACGCUGCUCUGCUGAUUUGGUUGAUCUGAAUGGCUCAAUGUACAACUCAAGCGUGGAGACCAUUACCUCAAGUUUUUUAUUGGUGAACGGCAGUUCACCUGAGACAGUGAAUGUGGUUGGAGAGCCCAAUACUGCUCUUCUCUCAUUGGUGCUCAUGUCUGGAACGUUCUUCAUCGCCUUCUACCUACGCAAGUUCAAAAACAGUGCCUUCUUCCCUGGCAGGCUAAGAAGAGUUAUUGGAGAUUUUGGAGUUCCCAUCGCUAUAUUUAUGAUGGUUCUAGUAGACUACAGCAUCCAGGACACGUACACACAGAAGCUUAGUGUCCCCCGAGGAUUUUCCGUCACUAGUCCUGAUAAGCGAGGGUGGAUAGUCAAUCCUCUGGGCACAGAUGGUCAGUUCCCCAUAUGGAUGAUGUUUGCCAGCAUUCUUCCUGCUUUGCUUGUCUUUAUCCUCAUAUUUAUGGAGACACAAAUCACCACGCUGAUAGUCAGUAAGAAAGAGCGUAUGCUGGUAAAGGGCUCUGGGUUUCAUCUGGACUUGUUGCUCAUCGUAACUCUGGGCGGCACCAGCGCUCUGUUUGGCUUGCCAUGGAUGGCUGCAGCCACCGUACGCUCGGUAACCCAUGCCAAUGCUCUUACUGUGAUGAGCAAAGCUGUCGCUCCUGGAGACAAACCUCGUAUCCAGGAGGUCAAGGAGCAGAGGGUGACCGGGUUGCUGGUGGCAACACUUGUAGGUCUCUCAAUAGUAAUUGGAGAUCUGCUGCGUCAAAUCCCCAUCGCUGUGCUCUUUGGCAUCUUCCUGUACAUGGGUGUGAUGUCACUGAAUGGGAUCCAGAUGACAGAACGCAUUCUGCUACUCCUGAUGCCCCCUAAAUACCACCCCGAUCACACCUACGUGCGCAAGGUGCGGACGCUGCGGAUGCAUUUGUUCACAGCUGUACAGGUUGUGUGUCUCGCUGUCCUCUGGGUAGUCAUGUCCACCGUGGCUUCGCUGGCCUUCCCGUUCGUUCUCAUCAUGACUGUCCCUGUCAAGAUGUUUCUCUUGCCACGAAUCUUCAGCGCCCGUGAAAUGCAAUGUUUGGAUGCAGAUGAUGCAGAACCCACAUUCGAUGAGAAGGAGGGAAAGGACGAGUACACAGAGAUGCACAUGCCAGUUUGAGCCACUCCCACCUGUCUGUUAGUCGCACCGAUAGCCAAUAGUUGCCUUUUAAGUUUCUAAAAAAAUCAAACGAAAAUGGGCAGAAACAAAGUUUCUUGACUGAAGAGAUGUGAAUGUUGCAUUGUUGCAAUUUCCGAACAAACCUGGUCUCCAUCCAGCAUCUACAAAGAGCGAUUUAAUUUUUUUAGAGGGUUUGUGCUGCUACAAUACCAUUUAGCCUUAUUCAAGUGUAUUUUUUUCUUAUGGGAAAAAUGAAUGCAUCCUUAUAGAGUUAACUGGACGUUCUCAACAACAUUCUGGGUACAUGCAAUAUUAUACUUUAGUGUUUAGUGAAAAUUCAUGACUUAGAAAGAUUGCCAAGGUCCAUUUCAUUUAUAUAUGCAUGUCUGUGUGUGUGUAGUCAGUUAAAAAAAAAUCUGCAGUUUUAUGUUUAUUUUCUGGCUUUUCUUUAUUUUAUGACCCAGCAUAUAUUGUUAAUUCGCACAAUCAACAGUAUUUUUGUUUUUCCCCAAUGUUGCCAUGUAGUUAAUAAGUUUUGUUCAGCUUUGCAUGUGAACAGAUAUGGUUUCUGAUACUAGUGCGCAAUAUUCCGGCCUUUUAAUGCAUGAAACCGCUGUUCCAAAAACGUUACAUGAAGUGGAAAUAUAUAGUAACUCAAUGCUAAACUGUCAUUAUAAGAUGUGCAAUUGCUGUACAUAUUUUGUGCAGUUUUACACUUGACUGUUACAUAAGUCUGCAUCUCAUUCUCAGUUAAUUUUGGACUUUAUAUGAGAGGAUGUAUUGAGAGGCAGGUGGUAUUUGGAGAAAUUCUCACUAGUUUUAGCUUGGAUGGUCAUGGACUGGUGGCCUAGUUUGAAGUCUGAAAAUCCAUAUGAAAAUAGGAAAUUAAGAAAUACUGUCUCCUAGAUGUUAUUAAAGGAAUAGACCACCCCCAAAAAUAAAAACAUGUACAUUUUCCACUCUCAUGUUGUUCCAAACCCCAUGACUUACAUUUUUUCCGUGGAACACAAAAGCAGAUGUUUGACAGAAUGGCAGCCUCAGUCAUCAUUUACCAUUCAAUUUAUUUUGAAUGUAAUUGAACGGUAACUGAGACUAACAUUCUGCCAAACAUCUCCCUUUCUGUAGUAAAGGACAGAAUUUGUAUUUAUGGGUGAACUAUCCCUUUAAGUUCGGAAAGGCGGAUUAUUAACUUGUGUUUGGGAAACAGAUUUUCUCAUUUAGUUUAUUAUGGUUCAUUUGAAAGAACUUUACAUGUUGAAAUGGUGAAUUGGUACUUUCUACCACAAUUUGAAAGUCUAUUAUUGGACCAUUGUCUAUCUGAAUUAGAUGCAAAUGUUUUUAAAAUGUCACUUUUUUUUUUUUAAACUAAAGAGAAAAUCGAAGUUAAAAUUAACACUAAAGCAGAAGGCCAUUUUUUAAAUAAUAAAUACCGGUUCCCAAUAAAUAUAAAGUGCAAGUUUUGAUAUAGAAAUUAUUUAUUUGAUUAACACAUAAGUGAAAAUCUUUUAAAAAUCACUACUUUUCCCCACCAUUCACUACUUUCUGUUUGCUUUACUAGUACAAACAGUACAGAUGGUUAUUAUGGAGUUGAUGUGCACUAAUUAGGACCGAUUACUACACAUAAAUACACUAUCACUUGAAAAAACUUUAGUGCACAAGCUAAAGGAACUUUAGGAAUUUGUGAAGCAUUGCAUGUGUUAUGUUUGUUAUUCUAUUGGUUGUGCACAUUUGUUUGAAAAGGUUCCUCACUGUCCUCUUACAUUUUUAUUUGAAACCUUCUAGUUAUUGGAAGGAUUCUGAAUUGUAUCACACCGCUGUGCUUUAAACUACAAGAAAUGCGUUUGCUUAUUCGAGCGCUUUAAUGUACUGUACAUUCCAAAUUGUUGUUCCAGAAUGGAAUGUGCGAGACGCUUCAGAAUUGUUAGGGUAUUUUAGUAAUAGGACAUUGUGAUGCAUAUUUCAUUCAUUUAAUAUCACAUUAGCUUAUGUAUGUGGUUACUAAUGAGCGAUACUCAAAUUAAAACUGUGUAGACAUUUUUAUUUGACUAGGAAAGGGCUAGAUGUUAUAUGUCAAUGUUUGAACACAAAUGGGUGAUUAGAGAAUAUUUGUAUCAAUUGUGCUAUCUAUCAAAGCUUUCUCGUCUUUUAGUACAUCAGGAGGUCUGUGUUUCAAUCACAGCAUAUUGUACUUUGUCACUGUUGUUUAUUUUUCUCAUUUCCUCUGCCCGAGUUCAUCGACUAGUUCCAUGUUUGCGUGCUGCUGUGUGUUGACAAGUUUUGACCUGGAGAACAGGAGUUCAGUCUGAUCGUAGAACAGCACUUUUGACGUUGUGUGUGAAUGCGUAGUGGAAUAUUUGUUCAGUUCUGUGCCGUUACUGGAACCGUUCUCUGAGGAUAUUUAGCAGCACUUGUUUGUUGAUGGUAUUUAUGAAGGCUUAAUGGGGGUCUAAGACUGUGUAUGAAGGUUAUAUUUUGAACAUUGUGGUAAUGGAUGAUAUUGAUCACAAAAUAUAACUUACAAUAGCUGAUACGUGGCAAAGGGAACUGAGGGGUCAUUUACAAUCCUUGUUAGAUGAACAUUUUUUAUGCAUUUGGUUUUAUUUUUGUAUUGGAUAUUAGAUUUUUUUUAAAUUUCCUGUGUACAUAAUGCAAUAUUUACAUCAAAUUUCAAAUAUUGCAA